AUGGAAUGGUCCCCGGAGAUCGCUGCACGCGACACCAACGGGAUGAUCACGCAGUGGCUUGAGUCAUGGCUUUGCCCACGCUGCGGAGCGCGCUGCGCCGUCGACACGAUCGCGCCACAGAGCGGCCAGCAGAUGUGCGCGAGGUGCCUAGAGCAGGGCACGUGGACCGCGGAAGCCAGCACGGCCGAAGGCGAAUGGAGAUGCGCUUUGUGCGAACCAGACGCAUGGACCAGAGAAGCACGCACCAACUCGGCAGUGUACGUGCCCCUGCUGCUAGCAGCCGCCGGGCUUUUAGACCCAAGCGAAGGGGCGCAGUGGAGUGAGCACCGCCUCACACAGGCCUGGUGGCAGCCGACGGUAGAGACGUUGCGGCUUGCAGAACCUGUGCUAACAGGGCCCUUUGUCCAAAUGCUGGCGUACACCGACGCUCGGCCCGGGGAAGUACCAGCGGUGCUUGCUGCAGACGGAGGAGAGCGCCCAGGGCACGUAUCCUUUGCGCCAGUCGCCCAGGCCGUGGCGCACAGCAGCACCGGCUACAUACAGCCGCUGGUGCAAGACCUCCUCCUCGAAGCCUUCGGCGGCGGCGUGCUUGCGCGAGGAGUUGACGCACGCACAAACGAGCUGCGCAACCCAAGCUUCUGGGCAGACGCGGCGCCUCCGCCGCCGCUCCCACCGCCAGAGGCGCCCCAGGAGCCAGAGCUGCCUGGAGACCAGCACGCGAACGGCCCUGCCGCCGAGGGAGCCAACGACGGCGGCAGCAACUCCAGCACUGAGGAGACCGACCACGAGGCCGAACCAGCGCAGGCCCCAGCCCCGAGCAACGGACCCACCGAAGAGUCCUGGGCAGCUCUCGGGGGCAUCGACCUCCAACAAGAGCUACGGAGAUUCGUGCCGACACUACAGAACGUGCCACGUUUCCUGCGCGCGGAGACCCGGAUGGCGUUCACCACGGCCCUGCAGAGGAUCAAGCGAGGACACGACCAGGGCAACCAAGCAACAACCCACCAAGGAUGGACACUGUUCCUCCUCGCCUCGAGGCUCCUGCUAAGCAAGCCCAAGGGUACCGACGCCGAGGGCCGACAAGAGCUCUUGGAACGCGCCCAACGGUUCCGCCAGGGCGACUGGCUGGCCCUGCUACACGAGGCCAACACCACGGCCGGCGCGCGCGCAGCGCCGAGGCCAGCCACAGAGGAGCAACAGCAGGAGAGACGCAGAGAACAGGCUUGCGCGCACGUCCGAAACGGCAACCCGUCACGGGGGAGACAGGUCUUGACCGCGGCGGCGAUUGCGCCCGGCAACGGGGAGACACUAAACAGGCUGCGGGACCCGGCCCGCCGACCGCCUACCCUGAGCCGCCGACUACCCGCCAACCUCGACCGCGCAACCGACAGAGCGAGACUCGACAAGACCAAAUUCCUCGCUUGCCUCCGGUCCGCCAAAAAGGGCACGGCAGCAGGACCGUCGGGGGUCCGCGUUGAGCACCUCAAGCCGCUGCUGGAACACGAAGAGUCCAUGGACCUGCUUGGAUUCGCCGCCGCUGCCCUCGCGGAGGCGCGGGUGCCCUCCCCGAUUGCCCGCGCUCUAGCCCUCUGCAAGAUGACCCUAGAGCAAGGGGACUUCCUAGUUGCUUUCUUGGACGACGUGUACAUCAAGACCACCCGGGCCAGGGCCAGAGCCGCUUUCGACACCACCACCGGAGCAAUUCACCUCCACGCAAACGUGGAUUGCCACCUUGGCAAGUGCCGGGCCUACAGCAGGGGCGGAGACCUCCUCGACGGCACCAGGCCCGGCCGUAGGGGCAACCUUGCCGCAGCCGCCGCGGCCGCACAGCUGCUAGAAACCGAAGGCUUCCGGAGACCUUCCUGGACCGACCUGCUCCAGGGGCUGCGCCCAGAAGCGCCGCCGCGCUCGGAGGCCGCCGAACCGGGGGAAUGGCAGCACGGCUGGCAGUUCCACGCUUGUUCCGCACGCAACACACACUACAGGGACAACGUGUUCAUGCCCAGCCUCACCAGGGCCAACCAGGCCAUGCUAAGGUCAGGCUCAGGACCGAGGGCCGCCUACUGGCUUCACACCUUACCCACCACCGAGGGGCACGUGUUCAAGCCCGCGCGGUUCCUGGCAGCCCUGCGCCGGCGCCUCAGGCUCCCGCUGCCGCUCCUCCCGCACACCUGCGGGGCAGCCGGCCACCCAGGCUGCCGGGCCCGGCUGGACACGCUGGGAGACCACCUAGCCGCGUGCCCACGCACGGGGCUUCUCGCCAGACGCGCGAAACCGCUCGAACGAGCUUGGGCGAGGGUCGCCAGAGAAGCAGGAGGGAGAGUUGUCCCCCAACAGCUGCUGCGGGACACUAACGCCGUUGUCCACAACCCGCUGGACCGCAGACAAUUAGACCUAGUCGUCUACGGCAUCUCGCCGAACGGCGUCCCGCUGUGCUGCGACAGCACCAUGGUGUCCCCCCUCCGCAGGGACGGCUGGCACCGGCCGCGCACCUUCGACACCGACGGCGCCGCGCUACUUGGGGCCGAAAGGCGCAAACGACGCAGGUACCACGAACUCACGACCGGCCAUUCAGGCCGCCUCAUGGUCCUCUCCUGCGAGGUCGGAGGCAGGUGGGGCCGCGAUUCCCUCCAGCUGGUACGCCUGCUUGCCAAGCAGAAGGCGCGGGCCGCGCCGGCCCUCCUCCACCGCUCCGCGGAGCUCGCGUACACCAACCGCUGGUGGGGGUUCCUGAGCGUCGCGGCCCAGGACUCGCUCAUGGCCACCCUGACGGGCGACGGCUACCUAGCCUUGGGGGGAGCCGCCGGGGAGGACGACCCAGACCUGGCCGAAGUGCUGCUCGCAGCGGGCAGGGCCGGCGGGCGCUGCGGCCGCGGGCCGCCGGGCUGGGGCAGCUCUGGCGGCCUUCGCGGGCGGCCUUGCCCGGGCACGGAGCGGAGCCGGCCGGGCCAGGGCCUCGAGCGCUCCCGCGGCUCCGAGGCCGAGGCACGCAGGGCGGCUCGGCCGGGCGGGCGGCGGGGCGGCGGCGGCUGGCGGCGCGAAGACCGCGCGGUGGCUGGCGGGCCCGCCGGGCCGCCUAAGGCGACCGCGGGCGUCGGCAGCCCAGCCAGGGGGCCAGCCGGAGGGAGCCAGGUGGUGGAAGAUUUCAUAGCCCUUUCAGAUCACAAGCUCGUCCUACUGGAUGCGCCCUGUCUGGUCGAGCCGCACUUGGCCGCUGGCUUUGGUCGAGUAGCGUGGACCUCAGGUGCUGAAUGGGAGGCCAGCCUCAGUGAGGUUGCGCCAACUUUGGCCGCGCUCGCCCACGCGGUUGAGCUUCUCCUGGAGUCCCAGUGGUUGCGCCCGGCCUGGCACGGAGGCGCCGCGGAGCGCUUCUUGUCUGGAUUUUUCAAGGACGCGGACAGAUUUGAUAUCCAGCUCGUCAGCCCAGUGACAGGGCGCACCCAGUCCACGAGCGAGAUGCUCGAUGCAAUUCAGGCGGACCUGUUGGGGCGCGCUCAGAACGAUUUCCCCCAAUGCCCUGUGGAGAGGGACCGCAUGUCUCGCGUGGUCUCAGGGAUCCGGCGCGCAGGAGCCGCGUCCGGGCCCGAACGCGCGCAGCCACUGUACAGCGAGACCGAAGUCGAAGAGGCCAUUGCCUUGUUGAAGCUUGGUAAACGGACUGUGCAUUUGUGCAACGCAGCGGUGAAGGCGCCAGUUCAAGAGGGUUUCCGCCUAACGCGGGCGCUGUUGAACUUGGGCCGCCGCCUUUGUGUCACGUCUCGCUUCUGGUCUCUCCGGCAGUUUUCACCUCUUCGGAAAUCAGGCCCUCCCGUGGUCAGAAAGGUCUCUGCCCUUCGACCCGUGUCCUUCGCCAGCGACAUGGCGUCUGUGCAGGACGCUUUGUGGAUAGCGCGGAAUGGGGCCCUCAUUGAGGCAUAUUGCGACCUGCCGGUUCAGGAGUUUAAGUCGAGUGUUGCGGGCAUCUUAGAGCAGGCGGCCCCCCUUGCGGCGUCUGCUGAAGAGCGGCUCCGUGGCGUCUUCCAACGCCUCCCGGUGGAGGCGGACCGAGUGGCGCUUGCCGAGGCUACAGGGUCUUUCCAUUUGCCUCCGGUUCAAUUUGUCGACGAUAUCACCACGCCGUGCCCGUCUGAGGGCGCCGUGCGGGCAGUGAUCUCCGAUGAGAGCACCUCGGCAUGUAGUCGCUAUGCGUUCCGCAUGAAGUCCUUGUUCACGUAUGAGCGUGACAAGACAUGCGUUUUGCCCUUGCUUGGUGCCCCGAUCCCAGGCCGACCAGGUUGCCCAGUCGUAUCUCAGAAACACCUCCUCGGUGUUCUUGUCGAUUCAGGGCUGACUUUUGGCCCGCUGCUGAACGAGCUCUGUGCUAUCGGCGACUCCUGUUUCAAGAAGUUGCUUUUCGCGGCGGAGAGCGGAGGUUUUUCUGUGCCGGUGGCGGCCGCGCAGGUGCCGCCUCGAGUUGAGGCAGCUGUUCUUUUUGCGUGUCCGCUCCUCGCAGGAGUCCCUGGCGCCGAGGCUCGUUUCAACAAGCUUCAGGUGGGGUGGGGCCGCCGACUGCUGGGAUGCCACGGCGGGCCGCCCAUCAAGCACGUCGUGGUGGUCGCGCAAUGCGGCUGGCGCAUGCGAAUGGGCACCCGGUUCAUCGAGCGUGCGCUCAUGGCUCGGGCUCGGCUAACCGUGCUCCCGCCCGACCAUCCUGGCGCAAUCAUGUACCGUGCUUCGCGCGCCCUCUGCGUCCCCACCUGGCUCUCGGACGCAGCGGCGCUGGCUUCCCGCCUGCCAGACCCGCCUCCUGACCUGGAUUCUCACCCUUUGUUUCCCCCGGAGGCCCUCCGCGCUGCCCAGCUCGACCCAGCCCGAAGGAAGGUCCUCCUGCGGGAGUAUCGGCGCUUUGCCUUGCGCCCGGCACUCCUCAGAUACGACCAGCAGGCCUUCGCAGCGGGGGCCUCGCGGGUUUUGCCGAGCCUCAAUCGGUCCUUUGCAGCGCUGUGCCCUGGUCCAGCACUCCCCGAUGAGGGCAUGCUGACCUGGGAGCCGGGGCCCUCCUUUUGGAGGUACUACCGUCUGUGGGCAGUCGCCCGGAUGACGGGGGCAUGGCCGCUGCCUGUGUUAG